CUCUUCUCCUCCUCCCCGCCGCCGCCUCCUCCACCUCGUCUUCCUCGCCGCCGCGCCACCGCCGUCAGCCAUGGCGCCGAAGAAGGAGAAGGCCCCUGCGGCUUCGUCGAAGCCGGCAAAGUCGGGCGGAGGGAAGCAGAAGAAGAAGAAGUGGAGCAAGGGAAAACAAAAGGAGAAGGUGAACAACGCGGUGCUCUUCGACCAGGCCACUUACGACAAGCUGCUCACCGAGGUGCCCAAGUACAAGCAGAUCACGCCAUCCGUCCUCUCCGAGCGACUCAGGAUCAAUGGCUCUCUGGCUCGCAGGGCUAUCAAGGACCUGAUGGAGAGGGGGCUCAUUAGGAUGGUGUCUAUCCACUCCAGCCAGCAGAUCUUCACCAGGGCCACAAACACCUGAUUUAUCAUUAUCAUGUGUUCUAUGGCUGUGUUCUCUAGUCCAGUAGACUGAGGUGUUGCUGUUAUAUUCAAGUUCACUAUGUCCAGGGAGGCACUUGUGCCACCAGUAAUGUUGAAUUGCUUUUGAGUUUUGGUACACUUUAUGAUCGUUUUGUCAGCGCAAUGAAAUCUACCUUAUAUAUUGUGUGCUAUUA